UCAAGAAACAACCCGGUGUGUAAACCAGGCCCGACUUGCUGCGCCGAGUCCGGAGAAGAAAAACUGCCGAUUUUGGCGCAACAAAUGCUGAGUGCUUUGCUAACGAAUGUCUCAAGGAGCCUGGUGGAGGACCUCAAAAUAGCCAAGGACGACAUCCAACACAUGGUGACCAACACAGUGACGACAGCAGAAAAGGGCACAGUGUCGUUGUUGCAGCAGUAUUUCCCCGACCACGGCCCAGCUUGCGAAGCCGCCACCAAGCAAUUGUUCGCGGAAGUGCUGCGAGAGUUGUCGGUGUCGUCAUCAGCGCCGCUGUCGACGGACGCCCUCUCCGCCGCCGUCGGCAACUUCUUCGACGACGUGUUCCCUAUAGUGUACUACAAGAUCGACGCGAGUCGGGAACUGAGUCCGGGCUACAGGGAAUGUUUGCGGAGAGAGCGGCGGCAAUUGGCGCCGUUUGGCGCCAUUCCGGACCUGCAGGCGAAAGUGGUGGCCGAGGCGGCGGUGGCUAUACGAGCCCUGGCGGCGGCGGUGGAUGUGUUGCUGGAGGCCGUGGUUGCCGCGUCGGCGGGCACGGGAAAAGGACGGGGUUGCGAGGUGGCGGUGGCGAGGUUGACGUCGUGUCAGGUCUGCGCGGGGUUCGAGCCCUGGUCCGGGCAGAACAAGGCCUGCGGGGACUUUUGCAUGAAUGUCUUCAGGGGCUGUUUGGCACCAUGGACAGCACUGGAGUCGUCCUGGAUCCGCGUGGCCGACGGGUUCGCGUCAUUCGCCGAGGCGGCGUCGAGUUCGGAACGCGCGUCCGCGUUUUCCACGUCCGACGCUUUGUUCGCGUCCUCGUCGUCGGCUUUGGCGGAUUCCUCGUCGUCAGCAGCGGUGUCGACAGCGUUGGCCAAGUCUCGACAGGCAGAGGAGAUGGACAAAGAAGUGCGCGCGGCGCGGAUCGACCCGCAAGCCGCCCUAAAGGACUUUGACCUCAAAGUCGCCAAAGCCUUGCACCUGGCCAUUCAACAGGGCCUAGUGCUUGGGGAACAGGUGAGUGCCAAAUGCGGGAAAGGGCAGUCGAAGAAACGCCGUCGUCGCCGAGCUGAAGUGUGGACAGCAGCGGGGGAUUCGCCAGUGUUGCCAAUUAUUCGAGAGAAGCGAUUGGCUGGCGAGAACCGGCUUGUGGACCGACUGGAAACCCUGGCGACGAUGCUGUCGAAGCGUCGAGCCUUUUUCUCGACACUGGGUGACGAAGUUUGCGACGAGCUCGCAGUGAGGAAAAGCGACGACAACUGCUGGAACGGAGUCGAAAUCGGCAGAUACACGAGUCCAGUGGUGGACAUUGGCCCGAUUGCGCAGAAGUCCAAUCCCGAAUUCGACUCAAGUUUGCCGUCUCCAGCUGAGGACGUUGUCGCAAAUUUGUCUGCCCGCAUGGACAAAGCUGCCAAUGAAAUUUCCCGGUCACGCUACUUGAAACUGAGUCUGUCUUCGUCGUCGACGUCUUUGCAAACCGCGGACGCCCGUGCUUUCCGCUCGGGCCCGUCGUCACUGCCGCUGUCGUCGUCGUUGCUGGACCAGGACGCCGUUUCACUGGCGGCGGACGCCCGAGGCGGCUCUGGCAGUGGGCGCCUGGAUGCCGCCGGCGCGGACGGCGACCCGUUCCACCAACUCGGGCCCGGGGUGGAUGACGAGGACAGGUACGCCUGGACAGACGGGGACCAGGGUUCCGGGUCCGGACAUCCGGAAGAAGGCGGCGAUCCUGCUGAGAGGAGAAGACCGCAAUGGAGACGUGCAUCUCGGAAGAAUACCCAGCAGGACGACGUGGCGAAGAAAUUGCGUUAUGAGGACCAGAUCUUGAUCCCAGAAAGCUGGGACAUUUCUAGUCUGGAAAACGACAUCAAGAAAAUGGAAAUCCAAACGGAAGAAGUUUUGAGUAGAGUGAAGGAAGAUAAGUCUACAACUUCGUUGGUGUGUGAGGACAGUGAAGAAGAAGUGGCAAUUUGGGAAAAACGCAGAGCAGAACAUUUGGCGUCUGUGAAGGAAAUGGCGUCAGUUUUCGGACUCGUUUUCUUAUUUACUUGCUUCGUGUUUGGACUUCAUUUGUGGCUCAUGCCUGGGGAUUUGCGACAAAGGUCAAUCGCGUUGAGAAAGUUGGACUCCGUGGCUGAAGCACUCGGAAGACUCAAGCAUGGGUUUCUGAGAAUGCUGUGGCUUGAGAAUUGACAUAUUUUCAAAUCAAUUGCUUCAUCUAAAAACAAAUUAACGUAUACUGUACAACGGAAGUCAAGGGACCAAAAACAUCCGUCGUGGAUAUAAUUUUCUUGUAGAGAACCCCUAAAACCCUGGAAUUGAACCCCAUGGGUCAUCCGAAAUUAAAAUCGUUGUAUUGAGAAAAUCGUUGUGUAGACAAUGUCUUUUUGCAGAGAGAGACUCCACUUGAUUACGAAAAGUAUUUCAGCAGAUUUGGUUUUACAACUCAAUUUUGACCCCGUAUUUAAAUUGCGGUUUUAAUGUUGAAAAUGAGUUCAGAUGAUUUUAAGAUUCACAAAUGCAGGCGGGA